AUGUCGUCCUCGUUCCCUUCUGUCGCGAGGCAGGCCCUCAACACCUCGGCCAGACGACUCUCUACCACCUACCGCCCUCGCCUUCUCUCAUCCCGCAUCGCCGCCACCCGUUCAUAUGUCUCCGAGAGCUCGACGCGGAACGCCACUAUCAAUGUCGAAUCCACCAUCAAGGCCGACCAGAAGGCCUUCCUCGCCGAGACUGGUAUCAAGCCCGAGAAUGCCACCAUGCCCACCACCGGCAUGGGCGCCGACGCCAUGAUGAGCCCCACCGCUGGAAUUCUCAAGCAGGCCACCAUCAUGGACCAUGGAACUCGCCCCAUCUACCUCGAUGCCCAAGCAACCACUCCCACCGACCCAAGAGUCUUGGACGCCAUGCUGCCCUACUUCACCGGUCUCUACGGCAACCCCCACUCGCGAACCCACGCCUACGGAUGGGAGACAGACAAGGCUGUUGAGCAAGCCAGAGCCAACAUUGCAGACCUCAUCGGCGCCGACCCCAAGGAGAUCAUCUUCACAUCCGGAGCCACCGAGAGCAACAAUAUGAGCAUCAAGGGUGUCGCCCGCUUCUUCAAGCGUGGCGGCAAGAAGAACCACAUCAUCACCUGCCAGACCGAGCACAAGUGUGUCCUCGACAGCUGUCGCCAUCUGCAAGACGAAGGUUUUGAGGUCACAUACCUGCCUGUCCAGUCGGAUGGCAGAAUCGACAUGAAGGAGCUGGAAGCCGCCAUGCGCCCGGACACGAUGCUUGUCUCGAUUAUGACGGUCAACAACGAGAUCGGUGUCGUCCAGCCUCUCGAGGAGAUUGGCAAGCUCUGCAGAUCAAAGAAGAUCUUCUUCCACACAGAUGCUGCUCAGGCUGUUGGCAAGAUCCCUCUCGAUGUCAACAAGCUCAACGUUGACCUCAUGUCCAUUUCUGGCCACAAGCUCUACGGUCCCAAGGGUAUUGGUGCCUGCUACGUCCGUAGAAGACCGCGUGUCAGACUCGACCCCAUCAUCAGUGGCGGUGGUCAGGAGAGAGGUUUGAGAAGUGGAACUAUCGCUCCUCCUCUGGUAAUCGGCUUCGGUGAAGCUGCAAGAAUUGCAAAGGAAGAGAUGGACUAUGACACCAAGCGCAUUGCUGCUCUUUCCAAGAAGCUGAGUGACGGUCUCCUUGGCAUGGAACACACCACGCUCAACGGAUCCCCCGAAUUCCACUACCCAGGCUGUGUCAACAUCUCGUUCGCCUACGUCGAAGGCGAAUCACUUCUCAUGGCCCUCAAGGAUAUCGCUCUUUCUUCCGGCUCCGCCUGCACAUCAGCCUCCCUCGAACCCUCAUACGUUCUUCGUGCUCUUGGCAGCAGUGACGAGAGUGCUCACAGCAGUAUCCGUUUCGGUAUCGGUCGCUUCACCACUGACGCCGAGAUUGACUACGUCCUCAAGGCUGUUCAAGAACGCGUUGCCUUCUUGCGUGAGUUGAGCCCUCUGUGGGAACUCGUCCAGGAGGGUGUUGACCUCAACACCAUCGAGUGGAGUGGUCACUAA